GUUUCCCCCUCUGCUUCUGCUUUGCUCCGUCCCUCGCCGUGGGGGAGGGAGAUCCGACCGACCGACCGACCGAAUCUCCCUCGUCCCUCCCCUGCAGCCUCGUUGCCUCCGCCCAGCUCCAGCUCCAGCUCCAGCUCUUCUUCUCCAACCCAGUCCUCUUCUGCGGCCCAAGGCUGGUGUUGAUCUACUGGGAUUCUUCUAGAUGAGAUGCUGCAGCGGGCGGCGAGCAACGCCUACUCGUGGUGGUGGGCGAGCCACAUCCGCACCACCCAGUCAAAGUGGCUCGACGCCAACCUACAAGAUGUGGAAAACAGGGUCAAGAUCAUGCUCAAGCUCCUCGGGGAGGAGGCCGAUUCGUUCGGCAAGAGGGCUGAGAUGUACUACCGCAGAAGGCCCGAGGUCAUAAACCAUGUCGAAGACGUUUACAGGGCCUACAGGGCUCUUGUUGAGCGCUAUGACCACCUGUCCAAGGAGCUGCACAAGGCCAACCACACCAUCGCCACUGCUUGUCCAGAGGAAGUGCAGUAUGCCAUGUUGGAAGAGGAGGACGACAAUUUCCCCCGAGCAAUCAUGCCCAUCAACUCGCGCAAGAUACAGAAAUCGACCGUGGAUGACAUUCUGAAGAGAAAACGGGAAGGGACGCCGGGGCGGAACAGGACAGUGCAUGAGAGGCCUGAUCCUCAUAUGAGCAAAGAUAAGGCCGAAGAGGAGAUUGGCAGGCUGCAAAAGGCUAUACUUGUCAUGCAGACUGAGAAAGAAUUCGUCAAGAGUUCUUAUGAGAGUGGAAUUGCCAAGUAUUGGGAGAUUGAGAAGCAGAUUGCGGAUAUGCAGGAGGAGAUUUGUCACAUGCAAGAUGAAUUUGACGCCCAUGCAGCCAUUGAUGAUGAUGAAGCCCGUGCCUUGAUGACGAUAACGGCUCUUCGAUCAUGUCAGGGUACAGUUGCUAAGCUUGUGGAAAAAUUUGAGGAGUUGAUUAGGAGCGCAAAAAUGGAGUCAGAAAGAAUAGUGUCUCUCCGACAAAGGUUUUAUGCUUUGAGCAGAAUCAUUGACCCGUCUAAAGAAGAAGUUGACAGCGCAAACAUGGCAGCGAACGACAGAGUUUAUCCCAUUACCCGGGAAAUACUUGAGUUACAGACUAUUUAUGAUAAAAUCGAGGACUUCUUUGAAAACAAUUCGGAAUCCUCUGUGGAGGAGAUGGCAUAUAAAGUUGAUGAACUUGUUGAUAAGAUCAUUAACUUGGAGCUGAAGUUCCCAAAGCAGUCUGCACAAAUCAAGCAAUUGAAAGAAGAGAAUGAGAAGAUUAACAACAAAUUAGACGAUUUACAAGAUGAGAUGGCACUCCGUGAUGAUCCAAGCGACUCAAGUGAAGAGCUCAAGCUAGUAGAAGAUGAAUUGAACAGAACCAGGGCUCUUGAAGGAUCUAUAAUCGAGGAAGAAGUUCUUGUUAGCACAGCAUUUUCUGAAGUUUUUACUUGCAUAACUAAUAUCUCAAAGGCAUUUGUACCAAUUAGCGCUGAAGACCUGCCUGAGUUGUCAGCUGCAGGUGGAGACAAGGCAACACUGUCUGAAGAUGUAUCCAUGGAAAAUGGUACAAUAGAGAACAGCAAAACGGAUGGUGGAGAAAUCAGUGGUAUGGAUGCACCAGCUACAGAUGAUAGUUUGGGCAGACAUAGUCCCCAAAAUCAAGAUGACUCAGAAGUUGUUGGUCACAAUUCAUCAGCUAGUACUGAUGGUGUCUAUGACUCCAAGAGUGGUGCCGAGGAAAGCGUUCAGAUGGGGAAUUGCUCAAUGCAGGAAGAAUUCAGAGAUAACGAGUCACUACAAGCAGGCAACCAUGUUGAUCUGAUUGUUCGUCCAGAUAAUGAAAAUAGUCUCAACAAGCUGGCAAAAGAUAGCUCAUCAGAAGAAGUAGACCAGAGUUCAUCAGGUGGUAUGAACGUUGCUGAAGGGCAAAUUGUUGAAGGUGAAUAUUCACCAACUGCAGCCAGUCAGAGUCAUGUCCUUCCCUCAGACAGUCUCAAUGCUUUAAAUAAGAAAAAUGACUCUAAUGAAGAAGGUUCGUCAGUGGAAGUUGCUGAGAGUUCAUUUGGUGGUGACAACAGAAUCCAAGACUUGAAGAUUGACGGUGAUGAAAAUCCUGUUCCUGGGAACUGCUUGACCCAGGAGGAAGGAUUUGGAGUUGGAGAUGGCGAAUCACCAAAAGUGACCCCAGAGAUUAGUUUAGCUGGUUCUGCAAACUUUGAUAGUGUCGGUGAAGAAGGCACCACAGGGGAAAAUAUGUUGCCAGAAGGUGCUCAUAGUUCCAGUGAUGCAGGUAAGGACCUGGACUUGUGUCGUGUGGAUGAAGCAAAAUCAGGUGAAGAGUUGCCAAAGCAAGGUGGCCAACUUGUUUCUCCAGUAAACAUCCUAGGUUUGAUCAAACACGGCGAAGUCGAGUCAUCUGAUGAAGGUGUUCAAAAUUCACUUGGUCAUGUGAAUGCAUAUUCCUCAGAGGUGAGAGAUGAAGCCUCUCUCAGUGUACCAGCUAGAGAUUCUGAGGAAACCGGAGGAAUGUCCCCAGUAAUAUCAGAAGUACCAACAGAUUCAGAAGAUAUGGUCAAUCACACUUCUGAUAGUCAACUAGAAAAGAAAGAUCCAAAUGUCAAAAUGCUUGCAAGCGAAGAAAGUAUCUUGAACAACCAUGGAAGCAGUAGUGGGCAUGAAAAGUCCACGUUGAUUGCACAAGAAGAUGCACAGAGCUGGCCAGAGUUUCUUCUUGAUGGGCUUGAGGGAAGAGAUGCGAUAUUGCUAGCCGACUACACUGCAGUUCUCCGGAACUACAAAGAAACUAAGAGAAGGCUUGCUGAGUUGGAAAAGAAAAACCAGGAACAUCUUGAAGAUACAAAGGCGGUAAUAAGGGAGUUGAGGAAUGCAAAUUCAAUGAAAUAUGUUGAGAUCCAGUCACUUAAAGGCCUACUGGACUCUUCAGAGAUGCCACCCAGUACAAUGGGUACUGAUAGAUCAGAUCAGACUUUGGUUAGGGAGCUUUCAAUUGUGAAGGAAACGGAUUCGAGCUACACUGACGCACCGGAGAGUGCUUCAGCAGUUGAAAUGAAGUUCAGAACUGAGAUCGAUGAAUUAGUCGAUGAAAACCUGCAGUUCUUGACAAGGUAUAGCAUGGCUUGCCACCAGGUGCAGGACUUCAACAGCAGAUAUCAGGAGCUACAGAAGGAAAUGGAGAGUUCUGAAAAUGAGAAACGGGGAGGAGAACUUGAUGCCGCGGCAGAGCCUGAACCUGCUGAGAAGAAACUGAGAGAGCUCAGGACUGAAGUGGACGUAUGGUUUGAGCAGAAUGUACUUCUCGACCGGGACCUGCAGCUCAAAACCGCAUCUCUCUGCAGCCUGCAAGAGGAGAUAGCCGAAGCCCUGCGGUCCAGCACGGAGACUGAUGGUGCAAAGUUUACGCCGUACGAAGCGGCCAAGUUCCAAGGGGAGGUACGGAACAUGCAGCAAUCCAACAAGAAGAUCGAGAGCGAGCUGCAGGCAGCGUUGGAGCGCAUGAGGGAGCUGGAAGGCGAGGUGAACGUCACCCUGCGGAAGCUGAGGGAGAGCUUCGAGCUCUCGUCCAGGCGCUCGUCCCGCCGGGAGGCGGACAGCAGCUACCAAAACCAAUUCAAGCAUUUCCCGAGCAGACACAGGGUGCCGCUGCGCAACUUCCUGUUCGGUACGAAACCGAAGAAGAAAUCGCUGUUUGCCUGCAUCAAUCCCACAUACCAGAGACAGUUCAGCGAUUUUUGAGUGAAUAGGAUGCUGAAGUAAACCUGUAACAGCAAAGAUUUGGCUCGUUAUUUCCAGGAGGUAGUGCUGAUUUAUUCUUUACAGAAACUCCGUUAUAGUCGAGUGGCCCCGCUAUUUGGAUGGGAACACAGAAUUAUAUUUGUUUUUUUUUUCAUAGACAGAAACAUUACCAUUAUACUGUACCAUUUGAAAAAAAAGAACACAUUAUAUACCAUACCAUAGCUGCCAUUUCAACUUUCGAGAGCUGUGUUAGCUUUUGGUUUGUGAGACUAGGACUUGCAAGAGAGCAGGUUUUGUUGAAUGAAUCUGCAUCUGGAAUGGGCAUUAUUAGUA